AAAGAUGGAUUUCAAUUUAACAUCAUCGAUCAGACAUUUCUAUUUAUAGGUUUCUUAUGUGUUCUGUUUGGAUUCAAAGUAAUUACAUUACAACUAUUCUACACACCUGGGAACAAACAUACAAGUGCAUUAAUGUGUUGUCCAAAAGUGUUUCGGAUUUUAUUAUAGUAUUAUUUUAUAUAAAAAGCAUACAUGUUUUACAGAAUGUGCUUCAGGAAAAUGGGUUAAUUAAAGCAACUAUUGGAAUAUAGAAACCUCAACAAAAGCAAACCUGAAAGAAUAAAAUAACCAGUAGAUAUAAUCUAGUCACGAUGGACUAUAAGCAAUUAUUUGAUUGUAUACAAAACACGCAUAUCUUAAACGAAAAUAAUGACAAAAGUUUGCCCUUAAACGGUCGCAUUCAAGUGACGAAAUAGUGAUCGUAUUUUCAUAUGAAUUCUUCAUCUGGAAUGCAUCUUACUACAGCUGUAUUAUACAGUAAUAUUAAUUUUCGUACAAAACAAUCACAAAAUAAUACAGCUGCAAAGAAUAUCAUGCAUUUGACGUACAGGGUUGCGUAAACAUCAUACAUACUAGAUACAACGCUGUUGAGGCUAUAUUGACAUUACAUGUAAUUGCAAAACCAAUAUUUGUUGCUAAAAACUGCACGUGGACAAAAAGAUUCACGUAAAGUCAUGCGUGCUUAAGUACGGAAUUACAAGUGUUUGUCAAUCACAGGUCAGUUAAGCAACUAAAAGCCAAAAUGACCCUGACAUUUCUUGCUUCGUUCUGUGUGACGUCAUUACUAGUAGGACACGUGACCGGUGUCACCUCACGUGACUACGCGCCAUGUACGGGUUUGGCGUACAUUUUCAAUGGAUACACUUUCACGUUUGACGCUGCAAGUGGCGAGAGGGUGUGGUCGCACUGCAGCUUUCCAAGUCCGUUUGGGGACCUCAUCCGGUGCGGUCGACCGCGCUCCGACAAGAAACGCUUCUUGUGCGAUCCCGACCACAUACUUGAUCGUGUUGCUGACGUGCCAUUAAUCGAUGAACUGUUGGAGACAAUCCAGAAGCGAACGUCUGUCGUGUGCGUGAAUAGCGCGGGAAUCCGCGAGACUUUCCGCGUGGCAGUUGCCCUCAUCAACCGGAUAUACAUUCCGGAUAUGGACAGCCCGGAUCUAUGCCAGAACGAAUGCGGGAGACUUCAGCCAGCCUUAAACAUAAGUCGUCGGAUACCGACGGAGGAGGAACAAGAAGAGAUCAUGCGCCUGUUUGCCGAUGGCAUCCGGUCAUUGUGGGACAUCGGUUCUUGUGGAAAUGACGUCAUCGUGUUAUAUUGCAAGGAAUUUCACAAGGUACAUGUGUCGUCAGGAAGUAAGGCAUCCGAAUAUUUAACACCCGAAAAGGUCGCGACUCUGCAGACGACAUUUCAAACUUACAUCAGUACACACGGGACGCAAGGAUUUGUGCUCGGUCUCGAAAAUCUACUGAAAUCCCUUAAGUUUACCCUCAAGGGGAUUACUCCCGCUUUUAUUCUGCUGAUGGGUAAUAUGGCCGUUUUAGGAGUGAUGACCGUUGUUUUGUUUUAUUACAUUUUGGGUAAAAGAUUCGAAACCAACAUCUGGGAAGAUGAUAACUGCUACUGGGUCUGGGAGUUGUUCGUGAAAUGUAGUACAGGGAUAUUGUGGUUGGAGAUAUGUGUUUUGGUGAUGGCGAAGAUUUCACACAGUUCACGGGCGCUGUUCUAUGUGUUUUUGGCUGCGGUUUUAGGGUUGAUUUUUUGCACCGCGCUUCAUUAUGUAAGCCGCAGGAUAUACUACCAUGAGUAAUCAUGAGUAAUGGCUAAUGAACAAAUCAUUCGAUUUAAUUUAUGGAAUUGACAAAUUUAGAACUACAUGCCCUGUUAAACAAUUAACAACAUGUGCCCUUUUCCCAAAUGAUUUUUACGGGAAAAGACAAACACAUGACAUAAAAUACAAGCGAUUAAGUGACAUACCUAAAAACUAUUGUAAUAUUUAUUAUAUGUCAUAAAAUAAAAUGACAAACAGAG